CUCUCUCUCCCCACAAUCUCUCCCUCUCUUUCUCUCUCUCAAUUUCUUGUUUGGCUCAAUUAACCGAUACUAGUAUGCUUGAAUGUCCACAGAAAGGGAGAGAUUUGAGGAUAUAAGCAAGAAAAUAAAGAGAGAAAGGGAUGUCUUUCCUCACCACCACCACCACCCGGCCGCCGGUGGUGGGAGAAGGGUUCAGACGGCGGCCGGCGGCGGAACCCUAAACACAAUAACCCCUUGCGCCGCCUGCAAGCUCCUGAGGCGGCGGUGCUCUCACGAGUGCCCUUUCUCUCCCUAUUUCUCCCCACACGAACCCCACAAAUUCGCCUCCGUUCACAAGGUCUUUGGCGCCAGCAAUGUCUCCAAGAUGCUCAUGGAGGUACCCGAAAACCAACGAGCCGACGCAGCUAACAGUCUCGUUUACGAGGCGAACGUGCGGCUCCAAGACCCAGUCUACGGGUGCAUGGGCACGAUCUCGGCACUGCAGCAACAAAUUCAGUUUCUGCAGGCCGAGCUUAAUGCUGUGAGGGCCGAGAUUUUGAAAUACAAGUUCGCACAACAACAAACCGAAAUGUCCACGUCACCACACAUAUGCACGUUACUCUCCUCGGGAGUCGUGUCCAUUGCCAUGUCACCGCCACCCGUGCCUCCUCCUCCUCCUCCUCUUCUUAUUGGGUCGGGACUUCCCAUCGACUGUAUGUCCGGCGAGCACGACUUCAGCGUCGAUAUAUCAACCGGGAAUAAUAAUAGUAAUAGUAAUAGUAAUAAUAAUAAUAUGACGUAUUUCGGUUGAAACUUGUUAUUGUUCGGAUUCUCUAUUUAUAUUUUUGUAUAAUUUAUUGGCUCCUACUUGAUAUAUACUAAUAUUUGUUAAUGAUUUUAAUGUAUGAUCCA